GCCCCACACCUUCACAUACUUUCUCUCUUCCCUGAUUCGUCACCCCUCUCUCAGUCCCCACCAACUCUCUCACCCUCUCCCAACCAUGUCCGGAAACAAGGAGUCUAUCAUCCAGGUUGGGUGCGGUGUUGUCGGCGGGGCUUACGCGAAGGCGUACAAGCACCACGGCUUCGAGGUGCGCGGCUUUGAUGUCGUGCCUGCCAUCAUCGAGAAGAUGAACGAGGCUGGCAUCCCCUGCUGCCACCCGGACAACUGCCCCGACGACCUUAACCCCGAGAUCGUCCUCCUGUCGGUACCCACCCCGCUCAUUAAGGAGACCCAGCGCCUCGACAUGAAGUACGUCUGGUCGACCUUGCCCCUUGUGGUGAAGCUCAUCGAGCAGUCGACGGGCAGCACCCCGAUCUUCGUGAUCCGAUCCACUGUGCCCCCCGGCAUGACUAAGAAGUGGAUGGCGGCCGUCAAGGAGAAGACCGACAAGCCGUUCCACGUGGCCUUCCAGCCGGAGUUCCUCCGCGCCGUCUCUUGUGAGGAGGACGCACGGGCGCCAUGGCAGGUGGUGUUCGGCUACAUGCCCGGAGAGGAGGACGUGAAGGCCCGCAUGGCCAACGCGUUCCUCGAAUUCGUCGGCCGGGACGAGUCCAAGCUCACCGUGCUGAACAUCGCGGAGGCCGAGUUCAUGAAGCUCGUGCACAACUACGCGAACGGGCUCAAGAUCUCCUUCGCCAACUGCAUCUACGGCCUCGCCAACGAGCUCGACCCCACGAUCGACGCUCAAAAGGUUCUCUACCUGGUGUCCUCCACCGCGGAGUGCUUCCUCAGCCGCAAGUACGGCCUCCGCGUGGGGGCGCCGUACGGCGGCGUGUGCUUGCCCAAGGACGUGCCGGAGCUCACCAGCCUCGCGCCAGAGGGCUCCGUGUUCAGGGAGUUCCUGUCGGGGACCGGCAAGAUCAACGAGUGGAUCUCGAGCCCUGAGGCCAAGAACAUGCGGGUGGAGCUUGACGAGAGCCCCAACUGGGUGUCCCCCGACGCCCUCACCACCUAAUUGUGAUAAUUGGUUGGGAUAGUGUUGGUUCGAGUUGUGUGGGCGUGCUCUCUUUUGAGCUUGAUUUGUAGUGUCGAAGGCGGAGAUGGUGGAGCAUAAACGCCACUCCCAUUAGUGACUGCCAUCACACGUAAUCGUUGUCUGUUGUGGUGAGGAAGCGGAACGUUGUUGUCUGUUGGAGUGGCGGCAGUUAGUGCUGUACCAACACCUCUCGGUUGGAUUUUUCCCCUUGUAGUCAUGAAGGAUCGGUUGACCCUCCUGUUGUGUCGGCGGGCUCUGUAUUUUGUUGCGUUCUGAGCUGCCGAACAGCCGGCUAGAUCUGAGCGCUGGACGCGGGCGUCGUUCUCCUGGCGAAAAUGUGUGGUCUUGUGUGAGAGAAACAUUCAAUUUCUUCGAUUGUCGUUGUACUGCUGUAUUAGUGUCUUUGUCCUGUCUGUCUCCCUCUACACGUUUUCUGCACCUCGAAUUGCGCUCUCUGUUCACUCCCGGCUUCGCUUCCAUGUGGAAGGCAUUCCGCUUUCUUAUUCAGGGUGCGAUUUAUGAAGAACCGCGAUUGAUGCUGAUGGUCGUUCAUGGCUUUAAUGAUUUCCUAGUGUUUUUUUUAUGAACAAAGGGUAUGAAGUGCUUUUAGCAAAGAGAAUUAGCUGAUCGGUGUUGGUGAGAGGUAAGAAGAUCAUCCACCUUUUGAUGUGGUUUUAUCGUAACUCAACUUCUGGUUGGAAGGGUGUGGGAUGUGAAAGGGGGCCGUGACGUGACGGCUUGCGUGGUGUGUCUUUCGUCCGGCCCUUGGGCCCCGUCGUUAUCAUAGCAGACGAGAUGCGGAAGUCCGCGACGCACAGGCGUCGAGCUUGUCAAAAGCUUGAACCAAAGCCCGUCAUGGCGGCAACCCGUCCUCGUGCGCACGUGACAUGGCUCUCACCGUUUGUUGCAAAGGGGUGUCGGCUACAUAGUUGUAGCUCAUGGUGUUCUGAGUACUCGGGGUUGACUGUAAUAUACGCUCGUGUCGAAAAUUUGGUGUCACGAAGGAAAAUGAAUGUUGAGGGAUGGACGCUUUCAUACCUUGGCACGACGACUGACUGCACACUUCUUGAUACCGUCAAGUGAGUCGUCAGUUUUGCGUAAUGGCCACUCUCCGUCGUCGGCAAAAAAAGUGAAAAGUACUCGUUUCGUCGCGCUUCUUACAUCGUGGGCCCGCCCACACGGUCGUGUGACAUGCAUACACUGGUGGUUCGUUAUCUGGCCUCUCUUUUGUGUGUGCCUGGUGGCGGCGAUGAGAACGGAGACCAACUUCCACGAGUUGGCGUGUUUCUUCACGACCCAAUCGUUCCUGCUGUGUGGGUGAAGGACUCUUUUAUUAUCGGGGAGUGGUCGAGGCCUGGCGAGCCCGAACUUAACAUACAUUGUACGAUGCCGUCUCGAACGGGAAAAAAAGCUUUCGACACACCUUCCGACAUGCUGUAUGUAGUACGGCUACUAACAAUUGAAGUGAGUGCCCAGACUUGAAAUGAAAUCAAAUUUAGACUUGUCAUCU